AUGGGCAGCCCACGAACGUUUUCGAUAGCAAAGCCACUCCUGGCACAGCCUUUAUCCAUACAGGCCUCAUUGACGGAGAGAUCUCAGGGCAAACUUAGUGAACAGAGCCUCGAGAAGGCAAUCAGACAAGUCCACCAUGACGGACUUGUUAUCAUUCAAAAUGCCAUUGACACUGAUGUUCUGCGCCAAUUGAAUGAAAAAAUGGUGAAGGAUGCAUUGGAAUUGCGGUCCAAGGGGGACAAGAGCCCGUUCAACUAUAACCAGGGAAACCUGCAACAGGAUGCGCCUCCCGUAAAGGAAUACUUCCAUCCAGAAAUAUUUCUGAAUCCAAUUGCCACUCAGAUAACAUCGGCCGUGCUUGGUCCCCGUCCAAAACUGACCUUUUGCUCUGGUAACUCGGCCAUGCCACCCAAACCAGGCUCUCCUGCCGAGAGGCAACCAGUCCACUCGGAUGCGGAUUUCGCACAUCCUGACCACCCCUUUGCACUGGUGGUCAACGUUCCGCUGAUUGAUAUAAGGCCGGAGAAUGGGUCCACUGAAGUUUGGCUGGGCACCCAUAAGAAUUUCGGCAUCGAGGCACAGGAAGGGGCACACGGCGAGCGAGCCUCGGGGAGAAUUCGUGCUCCGUUGUUGGCAGAAAGGUCGAGAACGAACCCGCCCCUCCAGCCAUACGUUCCUAGCGGCAGCAUCAUCAUCCGUGACCUGAGACUCUGGCACGCUGGCAUGCCAAACACAACUUCGGACGUGAGAAUCAUGCUGGCGAUGAUCCAUUUUGCUCCUUGGUAUCGUAAUCAAAUGAGGUUGGAGCUUGCUGAAGAGAUAAAACCGCUGGUAGAGAGUGUUCGGGAUCUUGAUAUCAGAGCGGACUUCGUAAGCGAAGAUGAGGCGUUGAAAAGAUACCUCAACCGAGGGUUUGGGAACAGCUACGACUUUGGGCAAAGCGACGAGAAGUUGCCUACGUGUUCCCGCUGCGAAAGAAGCGGCCGCUGGUGUGAUCGUACAGCGCCAUUGAAGAUCCAAGGCCAGAAGAAUGUCAGCAGGCGAGCGAAUGGAGACAAGAGUACAGACAGCAAAGAACAGACUUCUAUUGAGCGAUAUGACGAGCCUCGCGUACGGCUUAAGAACGAGGAGAUCGCCCACUACUUUGCACACUAUCUCAAAACCCUAGCUCCGUGGUAUGACCUUAACGACCUCGGACAAGCCUUCCGACGAAUCGUGGGAAGCAGAGCCCAGCAGAGCUCCUUGCUUCUUAGUGCCGUCAUUGCAUUCGCAGCAAUACAUAAAAGUCGAACGUCUCACGCCGUUCCCAAGUCGUUGGCAGAGAGACACCACGCCCACUGCUUGCGGCUCCUGAUCGGACUCACUGAGACGGCCCAGGCCAUUAAAGACGGGACAGCCUUGGCCGCGACAUGUCUGCUGCGGUCGUAUGAAAUUCUAGCAGAGGAAGAAGAUCCCAAUCGCCAUCUUUUCGGGGCAUUCUCAUUGAUACCGUCUUUGGCUUGUAGCCUGCCAGAGGAACCACUGCUCAAGGCCGGUUUAUGGAAUUACCUCCGCGAAGAUAUCACCUUCUCCCUCAUCAAUCACUGUCCGUUGAAAAUCGAAGUCGGGGCAAUAGAUAUCGAACUGUGUCGCGACGACGACUAUGCGAACCAAAUCACGAUCCUGUUGGCCCGUGUCUUCAACGGGGCUUUUGCGGGUAGUGCGGAGCUUCUUGUCAACUUACAGUCAGCCAUCAGUGCUUGGAGUUUGUCUAUACCAUUUCAACCUUACCAUGAGUCCCUCGAAGGUAUACUGCCAAAGAUCCAGAUGGUCGACGAUUGCCACGUCGCUGCAAUGCAAUAUUGGCACGUUGCCCAGAUCCUGCUGGGUCUGAACACAGGAAGUCCUGUGGACUUCGAAGCACACGCCCGGACCAUAUGCGGGAUGACAUUUGCCGCCAAGAGUGACCCUGUUGUUGUAAACUCGUAUGGUCCAAUCUGCUAUAGCGCACAGUGGCUGUCGAGAGACGAUGCUAGACGAGAAUUAGUCAACCAUCUUCUGGACAGUCAAAAGAGGACUGGGUGGCCCGUUCAAGCCAUAAUCAAGAAGCUGAAGCAUAGUUGGGCCGGUGAGGUGGAGAGAUAA